ACAGAUAUCCUCGAUAACAGCCGCGUUAUCAGCGAGGACGGCAAGAAGCAGCUGAAGGAUCUGCUGCACCAUUACUACCCCAUUGAAAUCGAUCCCAACCGGACCCUGGAAGAGAAACGUCCCCUCAUGGUGGAGUGGUGGACCCGGGCCCACGAGCUGCUCUCGCAGCAGAAGAUCCAGAAGGGUGACAUAGCCCAGAUCGUCAGGGAGUCGGAGGUGAUGCUGAGGGAUGGAUUCAAUGAGCUGUUCGACCAGCUGCACAAGUACAGCGUCCCCCUCUUCAUCUUCUCUGCCGGCGUCGGUGACAUCCUUGAAGAGAUCAUCCGCCAGGCCAACGUCUUCUACUCAAACGUCAACGUGGUGUCCAACUACAUGGACUUUGAUGAUAACGGAGUCCUCAGGCGUUUCAAGGGACCUCUCAUCCACACCUACAACAAGAACAACAGCGUCCUGCAGGGUACGGAGUAUUUCCAGCAGCUGAGCACUAGGACGAGCAUCAUCUUGCUGGGGGACUCCAUGGGUGACCUGACCAUGGCAGACGGCGUUCCCAGCGUGGAGAACAUCCUCAAGAUCGGCUUUCUCAAUGACAAGGUGGAAGAGCGCAGGGGGAAGUACCUGGAUGCCUACGACAUCGUGCUGGAGAGCGACGAGACGCUGGAUGUGGUCAACGGGAUCCUCCGGUACAUCCUGACCCAGACGUGAGCUGGGAAGGGGCGUCCCAGCCCCGGCCCCGGGCAGUGCCCGUCCUUCCCUCGGCAGAGCUGGAGCGGAUCUGCCGGCACCCGCUGGGCUCCAUCCUGGCGCUGGGCGGGCUCCCUGCCCCGGCUCUCGCGUGCUGUGACACCCCGACCCCACUAACCCGCUUCGGUCAGCCCCGGAGCAGGAGGGCUGAGGCAGAGGAAGCUUCUCCGCUCCCCUCAGCCCACCUGUGCCCGGCUCUGCUGCUUCCCCCUCAGUCCCCAUCCUCCUGCCCCGUCCCCAUCCUCCUGCCCCGUCCCCAUCC